UGUUUAGCGGCGGUGAAAUCAUAACCAGCCAACAUUUUUCAUCUUGACAAAAAAGAUUGACAAAAUAAUUCUAAAAGUAAUUCCCCCAAGAAUCACUUUGCUUGUCCGUUUUUUGGGAAAAUGGAAGUCGACGAACCAGCCCCCACUUCUCAACAAAAUGGAAAUCCCCCUUCGACCUCUUCAGCACCACCCUCCAUUGUUAUUUGUGGUGGUGAAGAAAAUGUGAUGGCUCCAUCCUCCACCGUUGGCAGCAUUACCGUUUCACUUCAUCCUCUCGUAAUUAUGAACAUUUCCGAACACUGGACUCGAACUAGAGCUCAGAAUGAUGGGAAACAGGAACAAGUGAUUGGAGCGAUAAUUGGUCAGCAUAAAGGACGACAUUUGGAAAUAAUGAAUUCAUUUGAAUUGGUUUUUCAAAUUGUUGAUGAUCUCAUCGUCAUCGAUCGAGAUUACUACAGGACAAAGGAAGAGCAGUUCAAGCAAGUAUUUAGUGAAAUGGAUUUUCUUGGGUGGUAUACGACUGGCGACAUCCCCACCCCCUCAGAUAUUCACGUCCAUAAACAAAUCACUGAAAUUUAUGAGUCCCCUGUCCUACUCAAAUUAAAUCCAUUAGUCAAAAACGCUGAUCUUCCGAUUGGAGUGUAUGAAUCGAUAAUUGACAUUGUGAAUAGUGAAACAACGAUGCUAUUCGUUCAACUUCCUUACGUUCUCGCUACGGAGGAGGCGGAACGAAUCGGUGUGGAUCAUGUAGCUAGAAUGUCAGCUGCAGAUAACUCUGAAACAUCUUUGGUGGCUGAACACUUAUUGUCCCAACAUUCUGCUAUAAAAAUGUUACAUUCCCGAGUAAAAUUGAUACUGGAAUAUGUAAAGGCUGCUCAACGUGGUGAUGCCCCCAUUUCCCACGAAGCUCUACGUCACGCUUAUUCGCUCUGCCACAGAUUACCUGCCCUUCAACCGGAACGCUUCAAAAAUGACUUUUAUCAGCAAUGCUGCGAUGUGAGUCUGAUCACUUAUUUGGGAAUGAUAACGAAAGGAUGUGAAGAAGUUCAUCAAUUUAUUACACGGUUCAACCUACUUCAUGAAAAGCAUGCCGUUUCUCGAAGAAUGAGGGGUCUUUUUUAUUAAUCCAUUUUUCUUUCAUCUUUCUGUGUGCAGAAAAAAAUAGCCUCUACUAAUUUCUAUUAUUCUCCCCUCUCACCAACUUAGUUUUCACUGCUAAUUAGUUUCCCUCUUUUUUUCUUUACUUUUCUGCAAACAAAUUGCACAACUAAAAUCCUAAUUUUAUUUAUUAAAAUUUGUGCUUGUUCCUGGGUUCUUUAGUUGACCCGAAACGCCUCCGCCAUGAGGAAUUAUUUAACAAAACACGUCAAAAACGACAAUCUGAAGCAACGACAUCGAAAAUACCACCACGACCCUCAACACCGUCGUCUCAAGAUUCUGGAAAUGGAAUCGAAUAGAAAACGA